GGCCAACGUUCAAUGAUUCAAUUCAGUCAAUUCAAAGUCAGUGAGAGUUGGUGAUUCACUGACGCGCGAUGUGUAAUGUGCUAGUGAGUGUAAUAUGCGUGCUAUUGUCUUUAUGUUUAUACAAGUGGUAUAGAAAUUAUAAAUAUCUGCAACAGUUUGACUGGUUGCCUCCUAAACCGGGAUGGCCAAUAAUAGGAAACAGCUUAGAAUUUAAGGACUUAACCGAUGUAUUGAGCACGUUGAUAAAACUUAUACCGAAAAAGGAAAAAAUGAUACUAUUGAAAAUUGCUGGUGUACCUAAUCUUAUGGUAGCAGAUUACGACUUUACUGAAUUUAUUUUAAGCAAUCCAAAUAUUUUACACAAAUCUGCAGAUUACAAGUUUUAUCGGAAAUGGUUGGGAACUGGUCUACUUAUUGGAGGCGGUUCAAAAUGGAAAUCAAGGAGACGCAUUAUUGCACCUUCAUUUAAUUUUUCCAUAUUAGAGAAUUUUUUGGAAGUAUUUGACUCAAACGGAAACAUUUUUAUAAAUAAGUUAAAAAAACAUAUCGACGAAGAUAAAAUUAACAUUGAUCGAUUUAUCACUUUGUAUACGCUAGAUGUUAUAUGUGAAACGGCAAUGGGAGUAAAAGUUAAUGCCCAAAUAAACGAAAACUCACAGUACGUCCAAAAUGUACAAUUAAUGUGUAAAAUAGGAAUGAUACGAGCAACGUCAAUAAUAAAAAAAUCCAAUUUAUUAUAUCCACUAACACCAGAUUAUUAUCGUGAACUAAGAGCUAUAAAACAAUUACACGACGUAACUGAUGCUGUGAUAGAAGAAAGAAGUCUGACUUGCUCUACUGAUGAAGACAAAGAAGAUUUAAACGAAUAUGGAUUAAAGAAAAAAAUGGCUUUUUUGGAUCUUCUUUUAAAUACAAGAGUUGAUGGACAACCAUUAUCUCAUGAAGAUAUUAGAGAAGAGGUGGACACAUUUAUGUUUGCAGGACACGAUACCACUGCAUCAGCCAUCAGUUUUUGUGUAUACUUUUUAUCUGAAAAUCCAGACGUUCAAGAACAAGCAAUGGAAGAGCAAAAAGCAAUAUUUGGUGAUGAUAUAAAUAGAAAAUCAACUUUAAAUGAUCUCCAAAUGAUGAAAUAUUUAGAAUGUGUUAUUAAAGAAACUCUUAGAUUAUGUCCUUCUGUGCCUUUGUAUGGUCGACAGCUGAGAGAAGAUGUUUAUUAUAAAGGCAAUCUUCUACCAAAAGGACUCGAUAUCUACAUAUUCCCUUACGGAAUGCAUCGUGACACCGACUACUAUCCUGAUCCUGAAAAAUUUGAUCCUACCAGAUUUGAAAAUCUCGAUGGAAAACGACCUUAUAAGUUCGUUCCUUUUAGUUUAGGUCCUCGAAAUUGUGUUGGUCAGAAAUUCGCCAUGUUGGAGAUGAAAAGUAUAGUGUCCAAGCUAUUAAGAAACUUUGAAAUUUUACCGACUAUUCCUAAGCAUACAUUGCAUUUUGUGUCAGAAACUGUGUUGAAAAGCACAAAUGGAGUUCGAAUUAGAUUAAAAACAAGAAAAUGGUAGAUGGAUGUAAAAUUAAGAAACACUGGAUAUAUCAAAAAUAUUACAUAAUAUAAAUAUCGGUGUAUUUAAUGAAAAUACCUCUGGAUAUGGACAAUAAGAUUAAAAAUAAUUACUGUCAGAGAAAUAUGUGGAGCAGAAUUAUAAACAUGUAUAAUUAAAAAAUAAUCCACAUAUAAUAACCUCUACAUAGUCAGAAAUAACAACAAAAUAGCUAUCAAUGUAUUAAACAAAAUAUUAUUAUAACAUUUAGCUAUAAACCUAUUAUUAAGUUAUCCUAAGCAUAGCAGUCCAAAUCCUUGGAAAAUAAAAUAGAUGUCGAUCGCAAAAAUUUGUAAAUUUAUAGUUUUUUUGUAAUGUACAACCAAAAUAAAAAUUAUAUAAAAAACCUUC